AUGCCGACAUUAGAAUCAGCCCAAUCAUGGCUCACACAAUCGACCCUCCUCCUACAAGCCCGCCCAUUGACUACUAGGAUAACAACCAAAUACAGCCUUCCACGGCAAACCAAGUCCAAAUCUACCCAACCUCCCAGCUCCAAAACCAGUUCCGAAGCCGCUCCCCCAGCUCCAUCCCCAACACCAGUCGCAACCCUGACCCUCAAGACAUUCGAUCCCGUGUCCGGCACGACAUUAAAGUACAAGACAGAUAAAGCGGCGGAGGUGGGGAGGCUGGUGCAGAUUAUGGGACGAUUGGCAAGGCCGAUGGCUGGGCUGCCUGAAGUAAAGGAGGACGCUGUGAUGGGUGAGGGUGGGGAGGGAGCGGCUGCAAGCGGAGUUGCGACGCCAACUGUGGAGGCAGAGAAGGUGCCGGCGGCAGGGCAAGGGGGGAAGGUGAUUGCUGGUGGAGGAACUGGUGGAAAGAAGGGCAAGAAGAAGGGGAAGAAAUGA